AAGCACAAAAAAGAAACAUCCUCUGAAAAGAAAGGGAAAAAGAGAAGGAAUGUUCACUCAUCAUCAUCAUCAUCAUCAUCAUCAUCAUCAUCUUCUUCUUCUUCUUCUUCUUCUUCUUCUUCACCUUCCAAUCCAAGCUAACUGAUUUUUUUAGAGAGAGAAAGUGCGUUUGUGAAGUGAAGAACAGAAGAUGGGUGGGGUGACUUCAUCAAUGGCUGCAAAGUUCGCAUUUUUCCCACCCAACCCACCGUCAUAUAAGCUAAUCAAUGAUGAUGCUACUGGCCUCUUGCUCAUGGACCCUUUCCCCCACCGAGAGAACGUCGACGUUUUACGCCUGCCCACGCGCCGCGGCACUGAGAUCGUCGCCAUGUACGUCAGGUAUCCCAUGGCUACCUCUACUCUUCUAUACUCCCAUGGAAAUGCUGCUGACAUCGGCCAGAUGUAUGAGCUCUUUAUCGAACUCAGCAUUCACUUGCGUGUCAAUCUCAUGGGGUAUGACUACUCUGGGUAUGGGCAGUCAUCGGGAAAGCCCAGCGAACAGAAUACUUAUGCAGAUAUUGAAGCUGCAUAUAAGUGUCUUGAAGAGAAUUAUGGUGCUAAGCAGGAAAACAUUGUCCUAUAUGGUCAGUCAGUUGGUAGUGGUCCUACCUUGGACCUUGCUGCUCGGUUGCCUCGACUGAGAGCUGUUGUCCUACAUAGUCCCAUACUAUCUGGGUUAAGAGUCAUGUAUCCUGUAAAGCGUACAUACUGGUUUGACAUAUAUAAGAAUAUUGACAAAAUCCCAUUGGUUAAGUGCCCUGUGCUAGUAAUUCAUGGAACUGCAGAUGAUGUAGUUGACUGCUCUCAUGGGAAGCAGUUGUGGGAAAUGUGCCAAGAGAAAUAUGAGCCUUUAUGGCUCAAAGGUGGAAAUCACUGUGAUUUGGAACUCUAUCCGGAGUACAUUAGGCAUCUGAAGAAGUUUGUAUCAACGGUUGAGAAAUCACCAUCUCGAAGAAGUAGUUGUAGGAGAAGUACAGAUGGAAUCGAACAGGGCAGACGUAGUACUGAUUGGUUUGAAGGUCCAAGGAAGAGCACAGACCGUAGAGAGAAACCAAGGAAGAGCACCGAUAGACCCGAAAAGCUGAAAUAUCAUGAAUACAAGUUUAGUAACAUUGAGAAACUAGAGAAGUUAAGAUUAUCGUGUGAUCAGAUGGAGAGGUCACGGAGAAGCGUGGAAUACCAUGAGAAAUCUAGGAGAAGCAUUGAUCAACAAUUUGAAAGAGCACGGAAGAGCGUGGACUGGUUAGAUAGAAUUCGUGGAUGAUAAAGGCAUUAAAUCCUUAGUAAAAUUUGUGAGUUUGUUGUGGUUGAAAGGUGAGAGAGAAAGUAGAAGAAGAAAAGGAGAGAUGGGUAAAUUGCUUGGGAUUUUAACUUAUUGGUUUAGGAUUUGUGUGAAGUUGCAAAGUAACAUGUUGUGUUAAUGGAUUGUAGAGUUUGAUAUAUUUACUGGUUGUGAUGGGUUUACUUUUAUUGUUAGUGCAACACUUCUGACCUCUCUUCUUUCUUAUUGUUUAAAGGAAAUGAAGCUCAUAAUCUAAUACC